AAUGUAAUGUUAUUACGCCACAACCACACCCCCACAUUAUACAUGCCAGUGAUGCAAUCGCCAGUUACGGUAAUGAAGAAACAGAUUCCAUUCGAUUCGCAGAAAAGAAAACUAUGAGAAAAACAUUUUACUUUGGCACGUCAGAAAAAGAAAAAAAAAACAUAUUCUGUGUUACAUUAAAAGUCACAACAACAACCUUAGUUUUUCAAAAUAACACCCACACCAUAGAAGAUCAUCGUGCAAAGUAAACCUAUUUUCAUGUUUCUUAUCUUUCUUUAUCUCUCUCUUAUCAACUAACUAUAUCAUUAUCCACUAAACCAAAGGACAAGUUGGAUGCUGAUUCAAAGAGUAAAAAAAGAUCAUGCCUCUGUCGAAUCGUUCCAGUGGUUUCUUUACUUUGUGUUGUUUUGCUUUUCUCAAGUUCAUUCUUUGCACAACGCUACAACGAGAAACUAUUAAGAUGGAAAAUGAACACCAAGAAAUUGGGAAAUGACAAUUGCAAGAAUCAGUGCAGGCCUGGUGGAAAUCAUGCAUUACCUGAAGGCAUAAUCUCCAACACUUCUGAUUUGGAAAUGCGACAUUUGUGGGAUCUUCAUAUGACUAAGACAAUAGAGAAUAAGGAAAACACGUCAACCAAUUUGUUUGCAAUGGCUGUUGGGAUAAAGCAGAAAGACCUUGUGAACAAAAUGGUCAAAAAGUUUCUAGUAAGUAAUUUCGUUGUAAUGCUCUUCCACUACGAUGGCAUUGUUGACGAAUGGAAUGACUUUGAAUGGAAUAAUCAGGUCAUUCACGUGGCUGUAGCCAAUCAAAGUAAAUGGUGGUUUGCCAAGCGUUUCUUACACCCUGACAUAGUUGCAGAAUAUGGUUAUAUUUUCCUGUGGGAUGAGGAUCUUGGAGUUGAACACUUUCACCCUGAUAGGUAUGUUUCUAUUAUAAAAAGUGAAGGACUGGAGAUAUCACAACCAGCACUUGAUAGUGAAAAAUCAGAAGUACAUCAUCAGAUUACUGCACGUGGGAGGAGGUCAAAUGUGCACAGAAGGAUUUACAAAAGUGGUGUUAGUGGAAAACGUUGUGAUGGAAGUAGCACUGCUCCUCCUUGCACAGGGUGGGUUGAAAUGAUGGCUCCUGUUUUCUCAAGAGCUGCUUGGCGUUGCAUUUGGUAUAUGAUCCAGAAUGACUUGAUCCAUGCAUGGGGUCUAGAUAUGCAGCUAGGCUACUGUGCUCAGGGUGAUCGAACAAAAAAUGUUGGUGUUGUGGAUGCUGAAUACAUAGUCCACUAUGGUCAUCCUACUCUUGGUGGCUUAGAUGUGCAUGAGGUUUCAUCUCGGACAAAGGAUCAUAGAGUUGAUGUGAGAAGACUGUCUUACCGUGAAUUACAAGUUUUUAGAAAACGAUGGCAGAAGGCAGUUGAGGAGGAUGAAUGUUGGGUCGAUCCAUUUCAAUAACAAAUACUAAUAGUCAAAAUUGUGUAUAGAUUUUAUGAAAAUACACAAAUAUGUAAAGAGAAGCAGAUUCAAUUGGCAGAUAAAACAAAUGUUGAUCAUGGGGAGGGGAGUAGUUAAAAUAGCCUAUAGGAGAUUUUUUUAGCAUCUCAAGGGCAAGCAUGACUUCAUGGGGAAA